AUGUCGUGUCCGGUCAGCCAGAUGACUCUCCUGCGCAGGGUCGUCCUCUGCUGCGUCAUGGUGUCGUGUUUCGCCGGAUUCUUCUUCAUGUAUUACAAGGCCGACAUCGGCUUCCCCAAUUUUGACGUCUCAUUGAAUAGGGACAAUCACUCAAAGCAGCACGCCAACGCACCAGACGUCCAGGAGGACACUGAGCCCGACACUGUCGUGUUAAUCUGGAUGUGGCCGUUUGGCUUUAAGCUUAAUCUCAACUGCGACAUAUACAACGUCAAAAGAUGCCUCUUGACGGCGGACAAGUCUCUCUAUGAUGAAGCCCAUGGCGUUCUCAUCCACCACAGGGACAUCAGAGGGGACAACUUGCCAAAAGAUCCUCGUCCCUGGUUCCAGAAUUAUCGCCUGGAGUCAAACAUCCCUGUGCCUUAUGGACAUUUGGAGCCACGAGCAUCUGGAGAGGAGACUUUCCAAGUGCCACCAAAGGACAAGCUGGUCUGUUGGAUUGUGAGCAACUGGAAUGAGCGAUUCAGAAGAGUUCAGUUCUACAAUGAAUUGAAAAAACAUGUGAAUAUAAGUGUUUAUGGACGAGCUUUUGGAAAGCCCACGUCUGAAGAAGAAUAUGAUCACAUUGUAUCUCGUUGUAAAUUUUACCUGGCCUUUGAAAACUCUGUGCACAAAGACUACAUUUCAGACAAGUUGUACCGCCCGAUGGUUUUGGGAGCUUUACCUGUUACUCUGGGCCCUACAAGGCAAAACUAUGAGGACCAUGUCCCAGGUGAUUCUUUCAUUCAUGUCGAUGACUUCCCCACAGCAAAGCAGCUGGCAGACAGGCUACUUUACCUCCACCGAAAUGAUACUGAAUAUAUGAAAUACUUUGAAUGGACCAAAAAGUAUAAAAUUAAAAGUUCACAGUUUGGUACAACACACGCCUGCAAAACAUGCUCUUACCUACAACAACACAGAGGGUACGAGGCUUCUCGGAAUCUCAAAGAGUGGUUCUGGGGUUAA